AGAACGCUUGCCAGCGAGGAGGGAUCCGUACACAGAAGAGAGAAGCCGAACAAUUUAUUUGGAACAGGAAAAAAAUAAAACCAAGAGUGUGUUGAGAGCGCGCGGGCGGCCCGAGGCUCGGCAGCGGCGGCGGCGGACACGGCGGCGGCGGACACAGCGGCGGCGGCGGACACGGCGGCGGCGGCGCUGACACCUCCCACCAUGGACAGCUUCGACUUAGCCCUGCUCCAGGAAUGGGACCUCGAGUCGCUGUGUGUCUAUGAACCGGACAGGAAUGCGUUACGGAGGAAAGAGCGAGAAAGAAGAAGUCAAGAAACACAGCAGGACAGUGGCAGCUUUAACUCCGGUUACUCGCUCUUCAGCGAACCCUACAAGACGAACAAGGGGGAUGAACUCUCCAACCGGAUCCAGAAUACAUUAGGAAAUUAUGAUGAGAUGAAAGACUUUUUAACUGAUAGAUCCAACCAGAGUCAUCUUGUUGGCGUCCCCAAGCCAGGUGUCCCUCAGACUCCCGUGAACAAGAUAGAUGAGCAUUUUGGGGCAGAGUCGAGAGCCCAGCCCCAGCCCUCAACCGUCUGCAGCACUGCGUCCUCUACACCUGCAGCUGUCCCUGUGCAGCAGGGCAAGAGAGGUGCCAUGGGCUGGCAGAAGGCUGGGCACCCACCGUCCGAUGGCCAACAGAGAGCAGCGCAACAGGGCUCUCUCAGGACCUUGCUUGGAGAUGGUGUUGGCAGACAGCAGACAAGGGCCAAGCAAGUGUGCAAUAUGGAGACGGGGCUUCAGACCCAGGAGAGGCCACCUGCAAUGGCAGCCAAGCACGGCGGCAGUGGACACUGUGUUCAGAACUUUCCCCCAUCCCUGGCUUCAAAACCCAGCCUGGUGCAGCAGAAACCAACUGCCUACGUGCGGCCAAUGGAUGGCCAGGACCAAGCUCCUGACGAAUCUCCUAAGCUGAAGUCAUCCACAGAAACUGCUGUGCACUGCACAGCCUACAGAGGGGUCCCGGCCAACAAACCAGAGUCAGCCCGAGCCAAGGCCAAGCUUGCCAAGUUCAGCAUCCCCAAGCAGGCAGAGGAGAGUAGAUCUGGAGAAAACAACAGCUGUGUGGAAGAAAUAAUUCGGGAGAUGACCUGGCUUCCUCCACUUUCUGCUAUUCAAGCUCCUGCCAAAGUGGAACCAAGCAAGUUCCCAUUCCCAAAUAAGGACUCGCAACUUGUAUCCUCUGGACACAGUAAUCCAAAGAAAGCUGAUGCGGAGCCAGGGAGUCCAGACAAUGGCGCAUCGAACACUUCAACUCUGGAAGACGACCUUAAGCUAAGCAGUGAUGACGAAGAGGGUGAGCAGCAGGCAGCCCAGAGAACAGCUCUCCGCGCUCUAGCUGACAGCUCCGUGGUUCAGCAGACCAACUGUAGAGGUUCGGCGCCAUCCAGCAAGGGCGGCGGCAGCAGCAGCAGCAGCGGCGGCAGCAGCUCCUCCAGCGACUCAGAGAGCACUUCCGGCUCCGACUCCGAGACGGAGAGCAGCUCCAGCUCCAGCGAGAGCGAGGGCAGCAAGCCUCCGCACUGCUCCAGCCCCGAGGCCGAACCUGCGUCCUCUAACAAGUGGCAGCUGGAUAAAUGGCUAAACAAAGUUAAUCCUCACAAGCCGCCAAUUCUGAUCCAAAAUGAAAGCCACGGCCCGGAAAGGAAUCAAUACUACACGCCGCCGGUGAAAGAUGAAGGGCAAGACUGCGGGAAACUUCCUGAGAUCUGCCAAGCCAGCCUGAGGGACAAGGAGCUCAAGACCACCUGCAAGGAGGAGCAGAGGCCGAGGACCGCAAACAAGGCCCCUGGCAGCAAAAGUGUAAAGCAGAAGUCCCCACCCGCUGCUGUGGCUGUGACCGCAGCUGCCCUCCCGCCCGCGGUGCCCAGCGCACCCACGGAGAGCGCGCCUGCGCCCACCCGCAGGUCAGCAGGCAAGAAGCCCACCCGGCGCACCGAGAGGACCUCAGCCGGGGACGGUGCCAACUGCCACCGGCCUGAGGAGCCAGUGGCCCCAGACACGCUGGGGGCGAGCGUGGUGGGACCCCUAGAGCCCCCCAAAACCAGACCCUGCGGUAACAACAGGACAGGCCACCGCAAGGAGCUGCGCUCCUCCGUGACCUGUGAGAAGCGGCGCACGAGGGGGCUGAGCAGAAUCGUCCCCAAAUCCAAGGAGUUUAUUGAAACAGAAUCUUCGUCUUCCUCUUCCUCCUCGGACUCAGACCUGGAGUCAGAGCAAGAGGAGUACGUCCUGUCCAAGGCUCCGACCACCACUGGGAGCGAGCAGCGGCUGAAGGAGGCCGCCAGCAGCAACAACAACAGCAACAGCAACAGCAGCACCUCCCGGGCUUCUGUGGGCUCCAUCAACGCCAGGACCACCAGUGACAUUGCCAAGGAGCUAGAGGAACAGUUCUACACGCUGGUCCCCUUUGGCAGGAAUGAACUACUAUCUCCGCUAAAGGACAGCGAUGAGGUCAGGUCUCUCUGGGUCAAAAUUGACCUGACCCUCCUGUCCAGGAUCCCAGAACACCUGUCCCAGGAGCCUGGGGUUUUGAGUGCUCCUUCGGCCAAGGACACUGAUAGUGCCCCAGCCAGUCAUGCAUUAGACGCUCCUGCUGAAAAGACUUUGCCAAAAUCCAAGAGGAAACGCAAGUGCGACAACGAAGAUGACUACAGGGAGAUAAAGAAGGUCCAGGGAAGGAAGGAGAGUGCCUCACGCCUCGCCGCCUCCACUAAUAACACCUUGUCCGGCAAUCACUGCAAUGUGAACGUCAACAGCUUGGCAAUACCAAUAAACAAAAAUGAAAAGAUGCUCCGGUCGCCCACUUCGCCACUCUCAGACACAUGUAAACACAAAUACGCCAGCGAGGACCUGACUUCUUCCAGCCGACCUCACGGCAACGGGUUGUUGACUUCAGCGUCUUCCAACAAAGAGCCAAAGGCUGAGAGUCAGCUGCAGACGAUUGCUGGGGACCUCACGAAGGCAUCUCACAACAGUUCUGAAAAUGGCACCCUCCAUAGCAAGUCACGGCCCCAGACGGAGCCAUGGUCUCCAGGUUCCAAUGGCCACAGGGACUGCAAGAGACAGAAACUGAUCUUCGAUGACAUGCCUCGAAGUGCAGAUUAUUUUAUGCGAGAAGCCAAGCGGAUGAAACAUAAAGCAGACGCCAUGGUGGAGAAGUUCGGGAAGGCCCUGAACUAUGCCGAAGCUGCCUUGUCCUUCAUCGAGUGCGGAAACGCAAUGGAACAAGGGCCAAUGGAAUCCAAGUCUCCCUACACCAUGUACUCGGAGACAGUGGAGCUCAUCAGGUAUGCUAUGAGACUAAAAACCCACUCAGGCCCCAAUGCCACACCAGAGGACAAACAGUUAGCUGCGCUUUGUUACCGAUGCCUGGCUCUCCUAUACUGGCGGAUGUUUCGACUCAAAAGAGACCAUGCUGUAAAAUAUUCAAAAGCACUUAUCGACUAUUUCAAGAAUUCAUCGAAAGCUGCCCAAGCCCCAUCCCCAUGGGGGUCCAGUGGCAAGAGCACUGGAAGCCCAUCCCCCAUGUCUCCCAACCCUUCUCCCGCCAGCUCCGUGGGGUCUCAGGGCAGCCUCUCCAGCUCCAGCGGCCUGUCCCCAUCGACCAUCGUCAGCAUCCCCCAGCGCAUUCACCAGAUGGCGGCCAAUCACGUCAGCAUCACCAACAGCAUCCUCCACAGCUAUGACUACUGGGAGAUGGCUGAUAACCUGGCCAAGGAAAACAGAGAGUUCUUCAAUGACCUGGAUUUGCUCAUGGGACCUGUCACCCUGCACAGCAGCAUGGAACACCUGGUCCAGUACUCCCAGCAAGGCCUGCAUUGGCUUCGGAGCAGCGUACACCUGUCCUAGGGACCAAGCCUUUGAGCCAGACUGUGUUUUCUUCUCUUCAGUGGCUCAAUGUUUCCGGACACUGUGCUACUGACAUUCCCAGCCCAAACCACAGUGAACAUCUCAGAGUCUAACAACGAUGUUUCUCUGGGGUGUGUGUGUUUAGAUGUGGGUUCGUACAAAGCUGCCUGUGUAUGUGUGUAAGAUCAACAGCUCAUCAAAAUGUAUUCCCUUUGUCUAGUUUCUAUGAUCCCAGGCUAGACAGUGAUUAGAGGUUCCUCAUUGGAGAAAACCCAUGCAGUACACACGUGCUCACACACUCAGACACAUCCUCCCCGCCAGUGCUAAGCCAUUGCCUUCUUGGAAAGUCCCACCGAGAUCACAUGCAUUGCUGCACCUGGUGCACUCCUGCACCUGGAGAGCGUAACUGCCGGACGAGUUGAACCUUUCUCUUAUUAUUGGUUCCUUUCAGUAUUAUAUACAAUUCCCCGAUUACUUUUGGUUGUUGUAUAUUAAUGAGCAAUUGAUGAGACAAGCCAGUUACUUUUUGUGCCAGAAGUUCACUAGAGUGCAUGUUUCCAAACGCCUUUCCCCUCCCCUACUACCCUCCCCGACCCCUCAUUAUCUACCAAACACAUAAGCCAGUGGGAUCCCACAAGCGUCCCUUGCCUUGUCCCCACAUAUGGCACCAGGAUUCGGUAAAAGCUCAGCAACCCCACUAGCAACGGUGGCUGUUCCAGUUCGGAAUGAAAGUCUUCACCGGGUGGCAAUGAGUCCUGCAGGCAUAGAUAGUCCCUCUUUCUGCCACUGUGACUCUGUGGCUGUGGCCAGCCAACCCAUUUCAAGUCUCUUCUUUCUACAGUAGCUUUCUUGCAACCGUCCUCAGCCAAACGACGACAGUGUCCAGAGUGUGCCGUCCCUAGAUCUGGCAGUUGCUUUGCAGACUCAGACACACUCACUGUUGUCACCGGCCUGAUUCUUGCUCGUCACACACCAUGUGCGACUCCAGGCCUUGAGUGACAUUUUGACUUGGGGGACAUUUUUUUUUCAAGCUUUCAUUAACAAGCUGCUUACAAUGCAGGGAAAGUUAUCCCUGCGAUGAUCAAAACUCGGUUUGGAGUAGCAACAACCAGAGUAUCUUGCUUUUAAUCUUCGCAUUUGGUGUGUUUUUGUCUUGACCAUGGGUCUUGUCUGGUUUGUUUUGGUUUUGGUUUUGGUUUAUUUGUUUUUUUUUAAUUGAGUUUGUUUUAGUUUUUCAGCAUCUCAUUUACGGUUUUUGUCAGAAGUUUGUUUUCUCAUGUUUUUUUCAUCCCCAAACUUAGUCUUCUUAUUAAAUAUGUGUAGAUCUGAAAUAUUAGUAUAAAGUCCUGUAAACAAGGUACAUCUUACAACACUUUAAGAACAAACCAUUGUCCUUGAGUUACUUGACAGAACUAGAGCAGAUCAGCCAGAGGGAGAUCAGCAAGGCCAUCUGCAGACCCCUCCAUUGUUCAAGGUGGCUGAGGUGUCACAAAGUGUGUCUCCUUUGUCUCCCUGUGAGCCUGACUACAUACACAUACACAUCACCGUCUGUCAGCUUUGUCAGUAGGUGGCAAAUAAGAAUGCUCUCAUUCCCCAGCUCCAGGAGUGGAUGCAAAACUAGGCAAACAGUUGAGCACGGUUUGGUGAUUUGCACCAAAGUGGAUUGUAGAAUUUGCAUCUAUCUGGCUUUCGCCCUCAAACACUUGAAAAUUUUAGCAGUCCAUUGACUUCAAUUGUUUGGGACCAGAACUGUUUUUAUAAGACGUUAGAAUAUUUGUGAAUACAUAAUGAGGUAUCUUGGGGGAGAGGAUUCAAGUCUAAACAUAAAUCUCAUUUAUGUUUUAUAGAGACCCUGUACACAGGAAAAUAAUGUCUGCAAUAUUGAUUGUAAGCCAUCCCAAGAGGUCAGGCAUGGGAUUUACCACUGGUAUCAUAGCACUGUACAAGAGGUUUUAGAUUCUGGAGCAGAUUAGCUUUGAGAUUCUUGAAGUGAGAAGGUUUUACCUCUGUUUCCAUCUUUGUAUUUAUCUAUACACCAUGCUCCUUGCAUCCCUUUCUCUGACUGUUGGCAGGUCUGUGAUCCCAUCCUGUGUUUAAAGUCUGAAUAUACGAAAUUGAAUCACCUUGUGUGCAGCACUGCGACUUUGUUCUAGUUACCCUUGGUGAAUUCUGGCAAAGAGUUCCAACUCUUGUGUAGAGCCGUAUCCUCAAGGGUCUCUGGGCAACCUUGGGGAGUGUCUCUGCUCCUGCCUCGCUUUAAAGUUACAAGCUCGGUUGUGACACUCACGCAAUCCACAUGCCUGGGAAACCGAUUAAAUUGCAAAGGUGACUUCUGGCUGAUUGUACCAGCACAGGUUUGACCAACACACUGAUGACCAAACAAAACUUGUAGAGACUGGUCUGGGGUGGAGCUGGGGGGCUAGGGGGUGUGGCACAUAGGGGGGUAGCGUCACAUAGUCAGAGCAUGCAGAUCCUAGUCAAGUUUCUUGCCCCAUCCAUGGAGCAGUGACAGGCCCAGUGUAGAUAAUUUUAUUAAGAAACUGUCUCGCAUCUGAUGGGGCUCAAUGUUGGUCAGUCUGGUAAGGGGCCAUCUUCCACUUGAUGCCGUGCAAGUCCAUCCACAACAUGUUCCUUGUCUGAAGUUGGAUUGCAAAUAGAAACAUCUUUCUUAUGUGUUUUCUAAAGAUCUAUUUAUUUAUUUUAUGUAUGAGCACACUGUAGCUGUACAGAUGGUUGUGAGCCUUCAUGUGCUUGUUGGAAAUUGAAUUUAGGACCUCUGCUUGCUCCGGUCUGCCUCACUCCCUCCAGAAGAUCAUUACAAGUAGUUGUGAACCACCAUGUGGUUGCUGGGAUGUGAACUCAGGAUCUUCGUAAGAGCAGUCAGUGCUCUUACCUGCUGAGCCAUCUUGCCAGCCCCUUUCUUAUGUUUUCUGACUAUAAAAAUCCUACAUGUUCAUUAUAGGGAUUCAAAUAAUGCUGAAAUGUAGAAGAUGCAAGCCUGUGGUUGCCUCACUCCCGAGAUGACCGUGGCUCAGUGAUGCUGUGUCUUUCCAGAGAGUUUUACAUGCAAGCAUAACAUCUGUCACCACGUGUUUCCAUUGGAAGACAUACUCUGACCUCAGCUGUCCCACCAAAGUCCAGCUGGUCUCCUCUCCCAUGACCUGAGUAGAUGCCCGCCUCUGUCGCAAUGUUAGAAUGACCUUUGAAAGGGAACAGCUUAGCUAUUCCUGAGCAAGCUUUAGCAUUAGUUGUUACUCUGCAGGUCUCAGUCUCUGGUGCAGAUGUGCCCGGAGAGAGAUCGCUUAAAACUGGCUUUUGGAGACAUUCAAAUGGAAACUUGGUCCCACUCUCUGAGAGGAUGCACUGGAAGAAUACAGUUGUCAGUUUGUGUGCUAGAUUGAACACCUGAAAUGCAAUGCCAUGAGACUUUCUGCACUAAAAUGUAUCCCAGUAUGUGCAACAAUGGUGUGUGUGUGUGUUGUGCUGUGGAGCGGUGAUGUGUACAUCUCUGACACCCAUACAGAAUAGACACAGUUCAUACAAAUGCAUACAUUUAAAAAUAUAUAUGUAUCAGACAGCUAACACAGAACUGUAGUACACCUGACAGAUAGGACUAGUGCCUAAUACUGAGUCUAAGUCACUGCACACUCGGAUCACCUUGGAAGUACAGUCAUUAUUAUACAAUCAACGCAGUGGUAUUAUUUAUGAAUCACAUCUUUGAAACUGUGCAGUAACAGUAACAUAUGCAUAUAUUUUUUUAAAUAACAUUUUUCACAGUUUUCCAGCGUUACUCUUGAAAUCUGUAUCGCCAAAAAAAAAAAAAGGAAGAAAGAAAAAUGAAAGGUUUUUUUAAUGAUGUAGACACUCUUCAGAACUAGUAAUUGGCAUAUGAUUUCCUGUUUAUAGAUAUUCAAGAGACUUUAGCAGUCACCAGCCUUAAUGCAUGUACAGGAUAUUAUUGUGACUUAAUUUAUCUGCAGUUUUUAAUCCAUAUAAAAUUGGAGUUUAUAAACAGACCUGGAUUAAAUAUGUCUGCCUCUCUGAGGCUGCAAACGAUACAUUAAAUGAUUUAUGUUGUAUGUGAGAGAAACCGAGUUGUACAUUUUAAAAAAAAGAAAGUUUACCAGUUUCAGUUAAUAUUUUACGAGGAAACUUUAGAACUUAAAUAUUUUCAAAGCAGUAUUCUCAUUCCCAGCUUGGAAUCUCCUUAGAAGCAACCUUGUUUUAUAAAUGUUCUCUUCCUUCCUUCCUUCCUUCCUUCCUUCCUUCCUUCCUUCCUUGCUUCUUUUUUUUCUCUUUUCCUUUCUUUCUCUUUUUUUUUAAUCUUAGGUAUUGAGCUUAGGGCCUGGCAUGUGCUAUGCAAGCUGUCCACCCCUGAGCUGUACCUCCAGCCCUCACCCCUUCACUGAUGCUCCAAUGCAGAUUCCAUGGUUACCAUUGUUACAUCUAAUAUUUUUCAAUAGAACUGUAGUUUCCUACUUCUGUUUUCCAUACCAAAAUACCCAAAUAGGUCCAUAUUUCUCUUCUGUCUCUGUUCCCCCCCCCCCUCUCUCUCUCUCUCUCUCACACACACACACACACACACACACACACAGGUUCUCCUCCCCCUCCUUCUCCCCCAUAUCCCAAAGACUGCUCAUGAGGAAAGGGCCCAGUCGAUGAGGACAUGGAUGGAUGCCUUCGAGUAGUAGCCCGGAGAUGCUGCUCUAAUCGACACAUGGCACUUGUCUUUAGUGGCACACGUCAGUUCCAUGACUACUUGUGCCAGACUUUUCCAACUUUAUCUAGUGGCAUUGUGUUUUCAAUCCUAAGUCAAGAAAAUAAGAGAAUUCUGAAUCAAAGAGCUGAAGUAUUAAAGCAGUGGCCAGGACCUGUUCGGACAAAGGUCUGUCGAUCUUACUUUGAUCUUAUCUCCCUCCCUCUUCCUUCUCCUCCUCCCCAAGCUGAAGACGCAGGAACAACAGAAACAGUAUGACCUCUUGGCCUGAUCCAGUCCGUAUCCCCAAGUUCAGGCAUCUUUUCCCCACCACAUCAUCUGACAGAGUCCACAUUGUCAAGAGAAAAAACACAGGAAAGGUUGGACAUUUCAGUUCAGUCCUCAACAGCUGAGCAGCAGGAAAGGACCUCUUGGUCCCCAGAGGUAGCGAGGAUAAGGGACUUGUCCUUACUAGCUCCGGGGGCCACUGAGAGUGAUACUCUUUCAGUGGUGGACUAAGAAAUCCAGCAACCUUCCCAACCAGAAGUGCCUUUCCGUUGGAUAACUUAGGUGACACCAUUGGCAUCUCUUCUUAUCAGAACCCUGUUGUAAAAUGUAUCAUCCCAUUUGCAAUCAAGCCUAGACCACUGGAGUCUUGAAAGACAAGUUCAACUGCGGGGAGAGGCUGACCACAUAAACUGCCUUUUCAACUGUUUGGAGGCAUUGGAGGCAGAAUUUUGUUUUCCUGUUCCCAGAAGGACACCUCUGUCAAACAGCACAGAGAUGUUUCCGUGUGAGGGCAUUGUUCUCCUGGUCCACAUCAUCGUGUGUGCCAUCAGAAGGGUUAACUUGUUUGCCUGGCAUGAGGCAUGUUAUAAAACUCUAUUCUCAAACUAAU